AGAAUAAUUGCAAACCAACCAAACACUCGUUUUGUCAUUUUAGUUGAGUAUAAGUAGGGAAUAUGUAUAAGUUUACGGUGUAUUUUUAAGGGCGAGUUGAUUCGGAAAAUAGUAGACAAAAAUCCGGCACACUUCAAAAGAUUCGUUUGUAGAAAGUAUGAGUAGAUAUUUUUGUUUUUCUAUUCGAAAUUUUAAAAUUUUCAAGAUGCGGUAUUUUCAGCUUGUUGAGUUACUUCUUCCUAUCUUACUCUUCAGUCUCCUUUGGUCAAAUGUACAAUCCGUUAGUAAAAUGGAUAAGGAUGAUAUAGUUCCAGACGCUGUUUCAGUUGCUCCAGAAGAGAUCUGUUCAAUCACGUACCCUAGCGGUUCUACCGUGAAUUUGGGCAAUGAAUUGGCACCGGCCCAAGUCAAAGACCAACCAGUCAUUAAUUGGAAAGCUGAAAAUGAUAAAUUCUACACAUUAUUUUUCAUAGAUCCAGAUGCACCAAGUCGAGCAGAUCCUAAACUUCGACAAGCAGUUCACUGGCUCGUUAGUAACAUACCAGGCUCAGAUAUCUCUAAGGGUGAAGUUUUAACCGAAUUCAUCGGCUCAGGACCGCCACAAGGAACUGGACUUCAUCGUUACACAUUCCUGAUCUAUAAGCAACCUGGCAAGAUUGAUUUAAAAGAUCAUCCUCGUAUUACCAAUAAAUCAGUAGCAGGUCGUUUUGGAUUCAAAGUCUCCGAUUGGACUGCUAAGUACAAUUUGGGCAACCCUGUAGCCGGUAAUUACUAUCAAGCCCAGUUCGACGACUACGUACCAAUAUUACAUAAGCAACUCGGAUUAUAGAUAACAAUAUCAUUCAUCAGUAUACUAUUUUUUUUUAAUAUAUGACUUUUUUUCCACUUUUUCAAUUUACAUUGAGCUCAUGUCAAUUUUAAGUACAUAUACUGUAGAUAUUUUUGCAAUAAAAUUUUACAUAAUUUAUAAAA